AUGCGCCGUGGGUCAUCCACCACCCUGGAGGGCAUUCUCCUGCAGUUCCGCCUCUGCAAAUCAGCUACAGAGAUUUCUGGUCACCAUAGCCGUUACCCCAUUCCCCAUUUGUUUACAGGGAUUUCAAGCCUAUCCACCCCAAUUGCGAGACACCCAGUUGAAGAAUUUGAUACUCAAUACGACAACUCAAUCAGAUUGCACCGCUUUAGCCAUGUAUUACAGGAAGGCUCCAACGCCCGCGACCUCCGAGCAGGCAUGUUGGCUCAUGCCCAACUCCUAAAAUUGGCUCCUAAUGGCUUCCUUUCCCUGUGGAACAAAGUGCUCGGGCUGUAUGCUCUAUGUGGACACACUCGGCUUCUGCGUUUCCUGUUUGAAACAAUGCCUGAGAGAAAUGUAGUUUCUUUCAAUACAAUGAUUUCCUCUUAUUUUGGCCAUAAUCGUAACAGUGUCAGAGCCUUGCAAGUUUUCUCCAAGAUGCAAGAGGAGGAUGUCAAGCCGGACCGUAUCACCCUAUCUGCAUUGAUACGGGCUUCUGUGCUUUUAAACACUUCACACUUGAUAGAGCUCUUUCAUGCCCAAGUAAUUCAAUAUGGUUUAAGUUCUAAUGAGUUCGUGGGGAGCGCGUUGGUUGAUGGGUAUGCGAAGAAAAGGAGGUUAGAAUGUGCUUUACGUGCAUUUGAUGAGAUAGCUGAACUAGAUUUAGUCUCAUGGAAUAUCAUGAUUGAUGCAUGUACAUGUAAUGAUAGCAAAGACCAUGCCUUGAGAAUCUUCUCUCGGAUGCGAAAGGAGGGUGCAAGGUUUGAUGGCUUCACUUUGACGAGCAUCACAAAGACAUGUUCAGAACCAAGAGACCUGGAACUGGGUUUGCAGCUGCAUGGUUGCAUAGUAAAAGCCGGCCUGACUUCUGAAACGCCUAUUGCCAAUGCACUCAUCACCAUGUAUGCAAAGUGUGAAGAAGGAAUGGUUUCUGCUACUCAAGUUUUUCAAAGAAUGUUUACACCCAAUAUCAUAUCCUGGACUGCGAUGAUUGCUGGGUUGAUGCAAAAGGGGCAGAAUGAGGAAGCUGUUCGAUUUUAUAGGAGAAUGCUGAGAGUAGGCGUGAAGGAAAAUGAGUUCAGCUUUGCUAGUAUUCUUCCGGUGUAUAGUAAUUUGGCAAGCCUUGAGCAAGGUAGACAAGUUCAUGCAAGGGUCAUUAAAUCAUGGGUUGGCUUGGAUUUAUUGGUGCAGAAUGGUCUUGUAGAUAUGUAUUCGAAGUGUGGCAGCUUAGCAGAUGCCCAAUUGGUGUUCAUGACCAUGGAAAACCGUGAUCUCAUAUCUUGGACAGUAAUGAUUACGGGAUUUGGCCAGCAUGGGAGGGGAAGAGAAGCUCUCAAUUUCUUUGAAGCAAUGACAAAUGAAGGACUGAAGCCAGAUGCUGUUACAUUUCUUGGAUGUCUAUCUGCAUGUAGCCAUAGUGGUCUCGUGGAUGAAGGGCUUCAGGUUUUCAGGUCCAUGAUUGAUGUUUAUGGUGUCAAGCCAAAGCGAGAACAUUAUGCUUGUAUAGUUGAUAUGUUUGGUCGUUCAGGGAGGUUGAAGGACGCAGAGAGGUUUAUUGAGGAUACAGGGAUUAAAUCGGAUGCUUUGGCAUGGGAAGCAUUGCUUGGUGCUUGUAGGAUUCAUGGGGAGAUGGCACUGGGAAAGAGAUCAGCAGAGAGGAUUAUGGAAUUAGAACCUGAGAAGCAUGGACCAUAUAUGUUGUUAUCAAAUAUGUAUGCUGACAGGGGAUUGUGGGAUGAUAAGGGCAAGUUGAGGGAGAGAUUCUGUGCAAGCGGGUUGAAAAAGGAAACUGGGCACAGCUGGGUAGCAUUGCAGGGCACACUGUAG